AUGAAGAUAGGGCGCUUGAGGUUCGAUGGUAAAGCGCAGGAAGAGGAGGCGGAAGAGGCGGCGAGGAGGGUGAAGUGGGAUCGAGCACUGCAAACAGCGAAAUGUCUGGAGGAUAUAUUGCCUCAUCCGCCUAAGGCCUCGACAUUGCCUGAACGCUCGUUGAAGAAGGGCUGUCUGUCUGCAGCUGCCAAGGCCUUGCAGCUUGAUACUCUGGGCAACCUGCCGGCGACCUCUCCGCUGAAGGACUUGGUGCCAGAGAACGUGGUCGUGAAGAAGUUUGUGUACGACAAUGAUGAAGAAGCGCAGCCGGAGCCACCGCCCCCCGAGCCGAAGGUAACACGGUCGAGGAAGAAGGCGAAGGCGUAG